AUGCCGCCUAUGCCUAUGAGUUCUAGUCUGCUAUUUGAUUUGCAGCAGAGCAGAUCCCACUUGAGAUCCGUGUUGCGAUACACAGCGCCACUUCCUGUCGCUGCAAUCAUGCUUACGCAUACGGCUACCGACAUGCAUUCGUGUACUACAAAACAAAGGCGGAGACCAGCUUCAAGUUCCCUGCACGGAGAUAUUAAAACAACUCAGGCGGCUGCGGUUCAAAUCCAUCCAACCAAGGACCCCACUCAAGCUCUUGGCCCUGUGGCCCCCGAAAUCCCCAUUCCAUCUCGCACUCGAGUAAGCCCGCCGUUGAAACAAGUCCAGCGGCUGCCGGCACGCGCAGAUGUUACUGUGUGA